ACAAAAAAAAAAGUAAAAAAAAAAAAAAAAAAGAAGAAAAGAGUUUGGCUGCAUUGCAUGGGAAGAAGAGUGUGAUCUGGUUAAAGUUGAAGCUGAAAUUGAAGAAAAGAAUGAGUGAAUCUGAUUCUCAUCAAUCUUCUCCAAAGCUUUAUGCUCACAAGCCUCGAAAAGCGCAACUGAAGCAAUUUCGAGGUCAACAGAAAUCAAACGAGUUCUCUUCGCCACCGGCGAUGGGGACUCAAUCGGCGUCUCCUCCUCCUCCUCCUCCACCGCCUCCGCUCAAAGAACCCUUUGUUCGGCGCUACAAGUUCCUUUGGCCUAUGCUAUUGGCUGUGAAUCUCGGUGUUGGAGUAUAUCUGUUUACAAGGACAAGCACAAAGAAGAAAGAUACCGUGGAGGAGGAAAAAGACGCAAGUCCCGAUUCAGUUAAAGAUACUACAGCUCCAGUCACCGAGACAUCUGUGUUCCUGCCACCAACUGUGAAUCCUGUAAUCAAAAGAGAACCAAUUCCUGAAAACCAACAACGCGAACUCUUGAAGUGGAUAUUGGAAGAGAAGAGGAAGAUCAAACCGAAAGAUGCAGAGGAGAAACGGAGAAUUGAUGAUGAGAAAGCUCUACUUAAAAAUUUAAUUCGGUCAAAAUCUAUCCCAAGUAUCUAAUGACGAUGUUUCUCUUGUCGUUGUUCGAAGGAAAAAAAAAAAAACAAGAAACUUUUUAAUUUGAGUAUACUUUAGUUGAUUCCUUCAAUCGUUCUCGUUUCUGGCUGCUUGGUUGGGUUGUGAAUUUUAGAUUGUACAUUUGUUUAGAUUUGAUUUGAGUUAAAAGUCCCCUGAUGUCAUAAUUUGUCAUAUGCAAAAUUUGGGUGUGGUUUGUUGGUUCUUUCUUACUAGACAGUAAUACAAGAAAUCAACGGCAAUUUAUGUAUAUUACCUGUGUUCUUCUAUAAAUGUCAUGUGCAUUUCCUAUA